AUUUAAAGAGACGAGAGGCGAACUGGGCUGUGAACUGGUUUGCUGUUUUCUUCCAAUCUCUCUCUUCCUUUUCCUCUUCUCUGUUUCACACUCUCUCCCACUCCCAAUUCCCCACUUCCCUUCGCAGAUGAACAGUUGCUUGCCAUUUUUUUCUUCAAUUAUAGCUGUUAAAUUGAUUGAGUAAUGAUGUAGAGAGAGAAACAUCGAACAGAGAGAGAGAGAGAGAGAGAGAGAGAGAGAGAGAGGGAGAUUUCUCGUGGGUUUGGGUUUUUUUUUUUUUUUUUUUUUCUGAUUUAAAGCAAGCUUGCUUGUUGGGUUUUUCCAGUGGGUAAGCUAAUUUUUUUGCGUCGUCUUCUUCUUCUUCUUGAUGGGUUCGGAGGGAGAGGAAGUAAUGAAGAAAGAGAAAGAUGGGGAAGCAGGGAGAUGCUACAGGUUCUGUAGAAGCUCAAUUUGUAUACAGAACAGUACAAGCUGGGCUGGUUUGAGCCAUGGGAGUUCUGUUUCUAUAACUCAUUUCAAGUGAAAAAUUAUCACCUUUUUCCCCUCCCUAAACACCACUUCCUGAAACAAAUCGACCCACUGCCCACAUAACAAAGCUUAAAAUCUAAAAGAAGGAAAAGGGUCUGACUCUGAUCUCUGAUAAGAUCUGUCUACUCUCACUCUACAGUACUUCUUUUGCCUCAGUCAUGAAGAGACUCGGCAGCUCAGAUUCCUUGGGUGCUUUGAUGUCCAUCUGCCCAACAACAGAUGAACGCAGUCCGAGAUCUGCCCAUGUCUACGGGAGAGAAUUCCAGUCUAUGUUGAUGGACGGCCUCGACGAAGAAGGUUGCGUGGAGGAAUCCGGCCACGUCGCCGAGAAGAAAAGGCGAUUAAGCGCGGAUCAGGUGAAGGCCUUGGAGAAGAACUUCGAGAUCGAGAACAAGCUCGAACCGGAGAGAAAAGUGAAGCUGGCGCAAGAGCUUGGGUUGCAGCCCAGACAGGUGGCUGUUUGGUUUCAGAACCGCCGUGCGCGGUGGAAAACCAAGCAAUUGGAGAGAGAUUAUGGCCUUCUGAAAGCCAAUUACGAUUCUCUUAAGCAUAGUUACGAGUCCCUCCAACACGACAACGAAGCUCUGCUUAAAGAGAUAAGGGAGCUGAAAUCGAAGCUGAAAGAGGAGAACACAGAGAGCACUGUCUCGAUUAAAGAGGAGAUAAUUGUCUGCGAACCGGAGAACAAAGUCAUUGAACAGAGCAAACCUCCCAUUGAUUCUCUGGCUGCCUCUGAGGAAACGAACUUGAACUACGAGAGCUUCGCCUGCGGGAAUGGCGCAGAGGUCUCUGUUUUGGGGGAUUUCAAUAAGGAUGGAUCGUCGGAUAGCGAUUCGAGCGCGAUCUUGAACGAGGACAACAGCUCGAAUGUGGCGAAUUCUUCAUCCGGGGUUCUCCAGAACCACCAGAUUUUGAUGUCCCCGACAUCGUCUUCGCUCAGAUUUAACUGCUCCUCGUCGCCGUCGUCGUCGUCGAUGAACUGCUUCCAGUUCUCGGAUUCGAGGGCGGUGAAUCUGGGUAACUCGCAGAAGGCAUACCAACCGCAGUUCGUGAAGGAGGAGCACAACUUCUUCGGGGUGGAGGAAUCGUGCGAUUUCUUCUCGGACGAACAACCUCCGACGCUCCAGUGGUACUGCUCCGAGUGGAACUAGCCGAGGGGGAAAACAAAAACCCAGAUUAGUGAAGAGAAUAAAGUGAUCAAGCAUGACGAUCGAACUGUUGAAUCUCCAAGAAUUUUGUAAAAUGAAAUAGUAAAUUAUGUAAUUAGUUCCGUUGGAUGGAUGGAUGGAUGGAUGAAUGGGUGGGUGGAUCUCCAUUGUACAAAAAUGAGUUGCUGGCGCUGGGCAGAAGAUCAGAGAGGAGAGAGAGAGAGAGACUGAGAUGGGGGUUCUGGUCAGGCGGAGAAGAUGAUGGACGCCGGCGGGUGGGGGUUUAGGGAGGGUUUUUCUGAACCGUGCGGGAAUGAUUAGGUCGUAAUUGGGGGCUCUUCCUGGAUCUGCUGUAGAAAAAGAACUGCAAAUCCCAUUUAGGAAGUUUCUGUAAUGCUCUUAAGCUGAAAUAAUCAUUGCCUUCCAUGGCUUCUAUGCCUUUUCCUUC